AUGCCUGAAGCCAAGGACAAAUCAAAGGUGCACAAGCUUUCCAUUAAAGGAUCGGCCAAGCUUGUGUCCGAAUUCUUUGAAUACUCGAUCAACUCCAUUCUCUUCCAACGAGGGGUGUAUCCUCCAGAGGAUUUCACAGCUAUCAAGAAAUAUGGCCUCAAUAUGCUCGUUUCGGCCGAUGAUCAGGUCAAAGCCUACAUCAAGAAGAUCAUGUCGCAAUUAAAAGAGUGGAUGCAGGGUGGAAAGAUCUCCAAACUUGUAGUUGUGAUCACCGACAAGGAGACCGGUGAACAUGUGGAGCGAUGGCAGUUUGACGUUGAAAUCUUUGGCAAGAAGUCCAAGUCUAAGAGCUCCCAAAAAGCCGGCGACAAGGAGAACAGUGUAGCAGCGGAUGCCGACCCUCAAUCCGCCGAGCCCGUUGAGAAGACAGAAAAGCAAAUUCAGGAGGAAAUCCAAGCUAUCUUCCGCCAGAUCACCGCCUCCGUCACAUUCCUCCCCGUCUUGGACGGAGAUUGCACCUUCAAUGUCCUUGUCUACGCUGAUGCCGACUCAGAUGUUCCCGUGGAAUGGGGCGACAGUGAUGCCAAGGAGAUUAAGAACGCCGAGAAAGUGCAAUUGAGAAGUUUCAGUACAAACAACCACCGAGUGGGGACUCUGGUCAGCUACCGGUUGGCCGAUUGA